UAAAUCACACAAACAGUCUUCGUCAAGGUCCUCUUCUGAACUAUACUUUUCACCUCUGCACACACCUUCGUAUCAUAGUCGAAUCAGCUUUGAAGAUAGUAAGAAUUCAGUAUGUCAGGACGUGGAAAAGGCGGUAAAGGACUCGGAAAAGGAGGCGCUAAGCGUCAUCGCAAGGUUCUCCGUGAUAACAUCCAGGGAAUCACAAAGCCCGCUAUCCGCCGCCUGGCUCGGCGUGGUGGUGUGAAGCGUAUCUCUGGUCUCAUUUACGAGGAGACUCGUGGUGUACUGAAGGUUUUCCUGGAGAACGUGAUUCGUGAUGCUGUCACCUACACCGAGCACGCCAAGAGAAAGACUGUAACCGCUAUGGAUGUGGUCUAUGCUCUGAAACGCCAGGGCCGCACUCUGUACGGCUUUGGUGGUUAA